GCGCGGUCUCGCGAUGCUGGGGCCGCCGCCGCCAUAUUGUCGCUCUAUUUUGAUUCGGAGCGCAGCGAGCGCGGGGGGAGGGGGCCGGGAGCGGCGCGCGGCCCCAGCGGCGGCUCCGGCUGAGCGGGAGCGGCGCCGCCACAGCCACCGCACACACACCCUCACACACCCCCGCCCCACCCCGCCCGCCGCCGCGGCAGCACGGACCCCCCUGCUCUCCUUCCUCCUACUCCUCCUUCCUCCUCCUACUCCUCCUCCCCCCCCGGAGCGGAACGGCGGCGGCGGGAGGCUGCGGAGAGGGUCGGGUCGGCGGGGUCUCCCCUGCCGGGCGGAGGCGGCGGCGGCGCUGGUGGCGGUAGUGGCGGCGGCUGCUGCCGUGGUGGUGGGGGAGGCGGCGGCGGAGGAGGAGGCGGAGGAGGAGGAGGAGAAGCGGCAGCAGGGUAAGGCUGACCCCGCCGAGGCGGGCCUGGUGGCGGCUCCCCGGGCCGGUUUCCUGGUCCCAUCCCCGGGGGGCUGCAGGGAGAGGCGCGGGGGGCCGGCAGGGGCGGGGGCCCGGGGCUCCCGCGGCCGCUCUGCGCGCCCUGGACUGUGCCAGGAAAAUGCUGGGACAGAAGAGAUGAGUACUCCCUUUACUAAGGCCUAAAACUGCCUGUUGAAAAACAAUCCUGACCAGGCAA